AUGUCCAAAGCCUUCGAUAGAUAUACCAUCGGCCCAGAGAGCCCAGACGUCCACAGCAAAUAUAAACCAACAGAUGAAGUUGUCUUUCGGAGUCCGUUUGGACCGUUUCCCAAGGUUGACCCGGAUCUGAACUUGCAUGAUUUCUUGUUUCCUCCAGAGAAGCCAAUUGACCAGCCGGACCAUGAUCUAUUCAUAGAUGGGUAUAUAGGCACCACGGUGUCGUUGUAUCAGUUCUACGACAGAGUAGUAUCUCUCUCGAGAGCCCUGCGGCAUGACGGACCUAACCCGGUUGGGUUGGGGCAGUCGCCGGUGGAUGAUAACGGCAAUGGUGAGAUCAUGGGUAUACUAUCAGGGAACCAUCUUUCAUGGCCGUUGCUGGUGCAUGCAUGUUUCCGGUCAGAGCUUGUUUUUGGUAGCAUCAGUCCCAAUUCAACGCCUUAUGAAUUAUACCAUGUCAUGCGCAAGAUGCAGGUCACAUCAAUGGCCGUCCACGAGUCUCUGCUCCCUCUGUUGAUGGAUACUGUCCGGAAUGGUCCUCAGACGGGCAAUGACAGCAGACUUGAGCUUGUAUUUGACACCAGCAAGAUAGUAGUCAUAUCGGAUGAUCCCACGCUGGACUCAGUGCAGGGUUAUCCUACGGUUGAGUCGUUAGUUCGACUUGGCUCAAAAACACCAGAGAAGUCAUGGAAGCGUUCAGGGGGGGAGCGGUUAUGCUACCUGCUUCAGUCGUCAGGGACGUCUGGGUUUCCAAAAGCCAUGAUGAUAUCGCAUAAAAAUGCCAUACACACUACCCUGCAGGGGAUGAUAAACUCGCGGCGGACGGCAGAGUUUAUGAAUAUAGACCCACCGUUGACUGUGCUCCUGGGUAUAGUCCCGGCCUAUCACUCAUAUGGGCUGACUAUGUACGCCCUUCGAGUCAACGUGAUGCGGAAUACAAACGUAUUAAUGGCCAAAUGGGACCUGGAGACCGCUCUGAGGCUUAUAGAAAAGCACAAGAUCACCACUCUCCCUCUCGUGCCACCACUUGUCCGACAGCUCGCUCUAUCGCCCCUGACGGAGAAGUAUGACCUUUCAUCCGUCACCUUGGCCCUAAGCGCAGCAGCCUAUCUCCCGCCAGACGUAGCUCACAGCCUCGGCAAGAAGCUACCGCAACAGUCCCCCAUCCAAUCCGGCUAUGGACUCUCAGAGGCGCUCUCUGUCGCCCAGCCGGUGGUCGAGGGUCUCUUUGGACUCUCUCGCUCCCAGCCAGGAACGAUCGGACAUCUGAUGCCCGGCAUUGAAGCCAAGCUGGUUGACCCAGACACAUUCGAGCCCGUACCCAAGGGAACCAAGGGCGAGCUCUGGGUUCGAGCGCCCGUCGUGACUCCGGGCUACUACAAGGACCGGGAAGCCACUGCGAGCCUGUUCGCCGAGCCCGGCUGGCUGAGAACAGGCGACUUGAUGAUGCGAGACGCAGAAGACCGACUGCACUUUCUCGACCGGCUGAAGGAGAUGAUCAAGGUGAAGGGCAUGCAGGUCGCGGCCACGGAGGUCGAGGAUACCCUGCUGUCUCAUCCGGACAAGCUGGUGCGAGAUGCGUGUGUUGCCGGGGUCGACAACGGCCGAGGAGACGGUGGCCUCUUCCCUCGGGCGUGGGUAGUGCUAUCUGAGGAAGGCAGACGGCGAGAUGCGAGCCAGGUCAUCGUGCAGCUCGACGAGUUUGUCAAGAGCCGGCUGUCCAAGUACAAGCAUCUUGCUGGCGGGAUCGAGAUAGUCGACUCUGUAAGCCAGCUCACCCAUUUCUAUCUAUUUUCGUUCGAAGUUCUGUAUACUGACUGA